AUGUCAAUGUUUAGACUGCAGGUAGAAUUGGUCCCUCAAAAUGGUCAAUUAGCUCAGCAAACAUCGAUAGAAAAUUCGCAGUUAAACCAUACAAGAUCUUUUAUACCAUCUACAGAAAAUUCAUUCCAAUAUCCAUAUAAUCGUUUUCUAUCUUUUGGUCUUCCUUUAAAUUUUUCAAUUCCAACAAAGAAUAAGAAGUUUUUAUUGUUUACGAAACCAACUAAUGAUCUGUUUACACUUUCUGGUGAAAUAGUAGAAAAAUGCGAAAGCAUGUAUCCAGAUUUAUCUGAAGAACUAGAAAUUGAGACCCUUCGGGAUAGUACUGAUUGUGAUUUGGAUCCUGAUUUUAUAGUUGAGGAAGUCUUUAGUUCAAGUAAUCUGGUUAAAGUUAUACUUAAGAAUGAUAUAGAUUUUCAAUCACUUGAGCAGGUUUCAAAUUAUAAAAGUAUUAAGAGAAGAAAAUCAAAUACUGGCUCAUACCAGCCACUUUCCAAUAAGGUUUCCCAACAACAGGCAAAUGGGGUUUAUGGUAUUCCGAGGAAACAAUAUCUUGCCAUAUCAUCAACGAAAACUCCCUCAAAUGUUGGAAGAAGAAUAUCAACACCGUUAGCACAACAAAUAUAUCCUGAUAUUGAUGAACAAUUAGAAAAUGAGGAAGAUAGAAAUGCUGCAGACAGGUCAUUUUUACCUCCUCCUGCACAACCCCAAUCACCUCAAAUUCGUGUUAGUUCUGGUAUUGAUCGUUCAAAAAAAAUAGAUGGCAUUGCAAAAGAUGACAGUGUUUCAAGAUCAGAGGUAGUAGAUCCUGAUAAAUCAAAACAACAACGUUUACUAUUGGGAACACCGAUAAUGACCACAAUGACUCCCAAUAGAGUAACUUUGACAGGCCAAAGGGUUGUAUCUGAAAGCCAUACAAGCAACAGUCUUCAAUUUAUUCCAAAUAACAAGGAAAAUAGUACACAAAGGUUAUCUUCGAAUUCAAAUAGAAGGGUAAACUCUGCUGUGCUAAAAAAUAUCCCAGAACCUAAAAUUACUGAAGUUGAAAAAGUACUAAAGGCAGGCCCAUCUAGUCCUGCAUCUCUACUCCCUGAAAAAUCAGAGAGACUUCCCAUGAAGAGACCUUUUCUUACAGGUGUUUCAAGCAGUUACUCUGAUGAGAACAUAAGCUCGGAUUCAAGCACUCAUUCUAGACCGACGCUACAGCGCCAAAGCUCCAUAGCAGAUAAUAAUGGAUCACCUGUGAAAAAUAGUCCAAAUGAAGAAAAUAAUCCUGAUUCAAUGCAACUUGCAGAAUUACCUUUAGAUAAGAAUGUGGCUCGUGUUCAAAAUGAUUUGCUCUCAGAAAUAGAUAAUAGGCGUUCUAGGGUAGAAGAUAAUAAUUUAAGUCAUUUAUUUAAGCCCAUAACUCAAGAAAACAGAGAUGAUAAUGAUAAAACUGAAGAUACUGAUAAUAACAUUAAACAUACAAGCAAAAAUGCCGUGGAAAAGCAAUCUAAUAUAACUCCUUCCUUUAUUGGUGAUGAGGAACGUGAGCUGCUCACCAAUGAAUCUGAGGUAGGAUCGACGUUACCGCCUACCGACAAGCAUCAAAAUAGAAACGGGCAAAUUACUCCAUCUGAGGAGACAGAUGAUGAAGAUGAAGCUAACACUACAGUACGAAUCAACCCACCUGGCCGAGGAGACAAAAACUCAACUAAUGUGAGCUUACAGAAGGUUGAUGUGCUCAAAAUUUUUGAAGGCGAAUCUCUUAAGAUACCAAGUUGGCUUAAGGGUUCAAAAUCGAAAUCUCAACGCAGAAAACCCUAUACUACUGUAUUGUAUAAAGAUAUUGAUAACUCUAAGCCUGAUCCCAGAAAUAUUUUACCAGAAAGGACACCAAGAUCUGCUGCUAAGCGAGCAGCACAAUUACUCUCUGGAUCACAACUUGCAAGAAAUCAAUCAAAGGAAGGUGAGGAAGAGCAAGAAGAAAGCAACGAGGAGGUCUUCGAUAAUUCUGAGCAGGAAGAAUUUUCAAGUGACGAGGACUCUAGCAGUGGGAUUGAAACAGCUGAUUCUGAAGAGAUGGAAAGGGUAAUGAUAACAGAAAAUAACAAAGUGAAGGUUAUAAAAGCGCAUGCAUUGAAAGAAGCAGUGGUUCCUAAGUUGGUUACAUCCUCAGGUGCCUUCAGCCGAUCAAGUGGGGACAUGAUAGAACAUGUUAAAGAGUUGCAAAUGUCCGCAGGUGUCACAGAAAAUAACAAAAUAGAGCAAGAUAAAAUACAAGAAUUAACAAAAUUACCAUCCAGUAGCGAAAAAUUGAAGAAUCUAAAAGCUAAAUUUUCUAAACAAAAACCUAACUCAUUCUCGUUAAUAGGACCGAGUUCUAUUAACGAUGACAGUUUCACUGUUUCAAUAAAUGAGGAAUCUGACUCUCUGAAUGAAACAACUUCAGAUUCAUCGUCAGAGGUUGAUGAAGAAGUUAAUUUUAAAAAUUCGAAGAAUAAUGUUGCUGAUGUAUCUAGAGCACAUGGUGACAAGAAACAAAACAGUAGUGGUAAGAUUGUAUCGGAUGGAGGGAGAAUGCAACAAAGUGAUAAUGUAACCCCUGGGAAAGUUCCACUUACAGAACUUCUAAGCUCGCCAAUUUCAAACAAACCCACUCCUACGAAAGUCAACACUAUGCUCCAUAACGGGUUACCGCCUAAGGUUAGACCAUCUUUGAAUUCUCUUUCUGAUCUAAUAUAUAAGGGAAUCCCCGAUGUUAAAGAGAAACGCUUGAACGCUUCACAACCGAACUUCAUUUCGAAAGUUAAGAAUGUCGAGCUAAAUGAGACAGACGAAACUGAUGAUAAUUUAACGAGCUCUGAUUCAGAUAGUUCAUCUAGUGACUCCACCUUAGAUAAUAAAGGAGAAGAACACAGUCUUGACCCGAUAUCUACUAAAACACAGUUGGGAAAGAAAAAGAAGAAACGGAGUAGUGGGUUCGCAUCACUUAUUCGAGAAUCAAAACAGAAAUGA